AUGAAAAUUGCAGCCACACGGGUCGCUCGAGCACAGGAAGUUCAAAUCCAUGGCCUGCAGAGAGCGUCGAGCGCCGGGGAUGUUGCCUUCGGGGAAACUGCUAAUGCGCCUGCCUCACGCCCCAGGUCGAAACCCUCAUCGGACACGGACAGGCGCCGACGCUUGCACCAGCAGCAACGCCGGGUCCUGGUCAGGUCUCCAACUGCUGGGCUCUUAGGGAUCGGUCUAGAUUGCGAUGUCACGGCGAUGUCCGGCUCGCAGCAUGCCGUCUUGAUCAGUUUUGGUGUUACGGCUUGCCACGCAUUCCAGCUAUUUUCCAGCUAUUUUCCAGUAUCUUCCACCAUGCGUAUGCAGCGUACGCAAUGUGCACAGUGGAUGCUGUGGUAUCGCCUGGUCCUGUUCGCCUGGACCGCGGUCCUCAUCGCCGGGGGCGCUGUCGCUUGGAAAUUCAUCUCGGAGCGCGGCUUUCAUCUUCCAGCGAUUCCAGGCAGCCAGUACGACAAAGAGGAGCAGUCGUACCUGGGUUUCUUCGGUGAUGGUGUGGAUGGGGCUCAGGCUGCGCUGGUGCUUGGCAGUGAUUCUCCAGUCAUGGCAAUGACCAACGUAUCUACCUGUCAGAUCAAACCAGCUCUGCAACAAGUUGGGAGCACUGGAAACACUUUCCAGUUGGAGUUGUCCUGUCAGAAUGAGUCUGCGCCUGGCGGUGGAUGUAUCACAUCUUCACAACUCAGAAGUGAAGUGUACUCGCUGGUGAGCAUGUUCAUGUCCAACAUGAUGUCGCCAGAGAAUUUGUCUCACUUCCUCGAACGACAGGUGGAACCAAUGCUGGAUGCUGCUCCGGAGAUGUUGGCUUGUCCGCAUGUUGAGGACACCUUUCAAAAAAACCUGGCAGAAGCAUCUUUCCAAGUGGAAGAGUCCCUUCGCCAGAAAAUGCCGAACUGCGACUUAGCAGUUCUGUCUUUCUGGUCUCUGCCUCCUCAACAGUUUCAGCGCAACUUGACCUUUGCAGAGUUCAAGUUUGAAGUCACGGUCACGCUCCCAGCAGGAAGCUUUUGGAAUGUUUUUCAAAAACUGCUCAGCUCCAAAAGCCAAGAACAAAUCAUGGUGGCAGUUCGUGCGCACACAUGCAACGGCUUGCCAGUUGCUGACUUCUCACAGGAGGCUCUUCAAGUGGCCAACAUUCUGAAGGAUGUUGCAGAGGCGGCAGAGGGCAUCGACGGUACCAACUUGAAAGCCGAAGUGAUGUCCUUCGCCAUCAUCGUGGAAAGUAUCAGAGAUGGGGUUGAAGUGGUGAUGGCCAUGUCAACAGGUACCCUUCCCCUUGGGAUUGCGGUCUUGGCAUACAUGGUGGGGAACCCGCGCUUGGUGAUCAUUGCCAUCAUCAAUGUACUAGCUGCCGUCACAGGUUCGGUGCUAGUCAUGGAGUGCCUUGUAACCCACCUGAUGCCGGUGAGCAUUUUCACGCCGCCCUUCUUGAUUGCAGUGGUCCUGUCCAUGUCCAUUGACUAUGCCUUGUUUCUUUUGAGCAGAUUCCAGAAGGAGACAGCAGCAGGUGCAGCAGCAGCUGAAGCCAUGGCUAUCAGCCUUUCCACAUCUGGCCGUAUCGUCGCGCAAGCUGGUGUGAUCUUAGCGUGCUGCUUUGCCUGCUUACUGAUGACGCCAGUGCAACUGGUCAGUGCCAUGGGAGCAGGUGGGCUUGUGGCGGUGGCUGUGGCCAUGGCCGCCAACCUCACCUUGACCCCAGCUCUGAUUUUAGGAACGCGACCCACUUUCUGGAUUAGCAAGCCCAAUGCACCUUGUCGUCAAGCUCCAGAGGGAGAUGCUGAAGCACCAGGUGACGAAGAGUUGCAUGUUCCCAAUGUUUCCAUGGGCUUUUGGCGGAGGUUUGGGGAGCGGUUGGCAAGCUGUGCCAAGCCUCUUCUGUUCUUGAUUCUACUCUCUGCAGCCCCUUGCGUUUGGAAGGACUUGAUGCCUUCUUCAGACAUGUUGGGUUUCACACCAGCCCUCCCACAAGGCUCGUCCACAGCCAAAAUCUUCCACAGCAUUGGUGAAGAGUUUGGAUAUGAAGUUCUUUUCCCCACAACAAUCGGGCUGGUGGCUCCAGCUGAAGUGAACCUGGAAGCGUGGAGGCUCCAGGCUUGCAAGGCUUUACAGGAGAUUGGGGAAGAGGUGUACAGAAGUGACUUCACGAGUUCAACCUUCAUGAGUGAAGUCAUCAUUGAUGGCAAGUGCUUGGCAGUUGAUGUUGCUGGAAGUCUGCUGAAGUGGUGGCAAACCAAUGGACAGGAAGGUACCGUCGCCUACAUCGACUACCCAUUGAAUCCUUUGUCCAUCGAUGGACAACGAUGGACCAAGAGCUUGCAGAGAGCUGUGGAAGACCAUCAUCGGGGCAGAUGGUAUGUGCAUGGAUAUGGUCCACUCUUGUCCAGCCAAUCUGGGCUAUACUACAUUGUGCCUUCCAUGAUGUUGCCCUUCCUGGUGGGUGUGGCCUUGGAUUAUGACAUUUUCUAUACUGAGGCAGUCUUGGAAGAAUGCAAUGGUGGCCUCCCAGUGAAAAAGGCUGGCAUCAAAGCGCUUGAGAAGACUGCCAACAUCAUCACAGCAGCCGGAGUGGUCAUGAUAAUAGCCUUUUGCCCACUCCUGCUUUCUUCAACGCUAGUCUUGAAGCAGAUUGGUUUCAUGGCAAUUGGUGGUUUGUCUAUCAGUGCUUUCUGGAACACCAAAGUGGCCAUGCCCGUGUGCUUGCACUUCUGCGGGAAGCACAGCUUUUGGCCUCGGAAUUUGGAGAAAAAGCAGCGCUGCCAGCAGCCAAUUGAUGCCAUUUUCCUGGGGCACCCUGCCUACCUGGUAGAUACGUUUACCUGGUUGACCUCGCCUGACACCGAAAAGCCAUGGAGCGCAUCGUGGUGGAUGUACCUCUUCCUUCCUGUUCUUUGGCUGCUUGGUUUCGUUGGGGCGCAUAUCUUGAGGCGCCUUGGCUUGCCAAAUCAUGUUGUUUUGGAUGACUACGAGUACAACGGACUUCAUGUCCAGACUUGGGUGGUUCUGCACUACGGCCGCCACUUUCGCAACUCUUUGGAACUUCAUGAUGCUCGACGCAACGUGAGGGCAGCAGCCAGCAGGGCUGAGAAGACCGGCGCCCGGGUGCUAGGAUUAGGUGCGCUCAACAAGGCAGAAUCUUUGAACCGUGGAGGCCUGGACUUGGUUCAACACUUGCCUUUAAGCCGAAGCAUGUGUGUGACUCAUGGAGAUCAUCUCACAGCAGCUGCAGUGGUGGAGAAUGUGCUACGGCUGGUCGCAAGGUUCCCUGAGUUUCGGGAGAAAAUCUUCAUGACCGGAGCCACGGGGAAGACCGGGAAGGCCGUUGCGCUGGCCUUAUUGCGCCGCGGUGUCUCCGUGAUGUGCCACAGUGGCAGCAAGCAAAGACGAGAUGAAUUGGAGACUCAUGGGUUGGCCACUGCAUCCCACCUGCGUGAUGGGGCUGACUGUGGCAUGUGGAUUGUGGGUAAAUAUGACCAGUUGGUGAACCAAGUCAUGCCUCUAUCUGCUGUUGCCUGUGUCUUUGCGGUGCCAAAUCCAGUUAAUCCAGUGUCCCGCUCAGAUGUCAUGGUAUAUGCUGGUGCCACCAUGCAGAUUGAUGAGUCGCGCUUGAAAGGACAACGAGCAAAUUUGAAGCUCUUACGCCAAGAGAUUUAUGCAUGCAAUGCAGCCACCCUGCUUCUUGCAUCAGGUUCCAGGCAGUUCGAUGAAUUGGGUGAAGUCGAUCCAUUGACAUUGGAAGCCUACCUGGAGGGGGCUGAAUCCAUUGGCAUCACUCUGAAGCCUCUUGAAGAACUUGCACAGUAA